GUUCUGUUCGCCAACUUUGUUUGCACGCUGUGCAUGUAUCUGACAUCCCUUGCAGCGGUCCUGCGGACGCCAUCGCCAAGCGCAGUUGUCAGGCGGGCCUCCUGGCGAGCCCUGGCCUAUCCCUGCGGCUUUCUUAUCACUGCAUUUCCCGAGUGGCUGCUCUAUGCGAGGGUCAUCCCGGAAGAUCUCUGGCUACUGGCCUCAGGACGCGACAUCACGACCGAUGGGUCAAAACAGAGGUUCGAGAAUUUUUCCAUUUUUUCCCAGUGGUAA